GUUGGCUUGUGAAACCAUCCUCAAAACAGCUUCUCUGCCUGCCUGAGAUUUAGGGGUUGAGUUGGGAAGAAAGUUAAAACGUUUCUCCCUUAAUUUUUCCUAAUUCUUGUGGUAAAGAAAAGCAUGGUUAUCAGUCACCAUACUUUGGCAUUUACAUUUGGCAUGUUAGGCAAUGUCAUUUCGUUAUUGGUAUUUUUGGCUCCAAUGCCAACAUUUUACCGGAUAUACAAGAAGAAAUCUACGGAAAGUUUUCAGUCACUGCCUUACUUGGUGGCAUUGUUCAGUUCCAUGCUUUGGUUGUACUAUGCGUUGCUGAAAAGAAAUGCUUUUCUCCUCGUUACCAUUAACUCAUUCGGAUGUGUUGUGGAGACACUCUACAUCGUCUUGUACAUCACCUAUGCAACCAGGGAUGCUAGGACCUUAACUGUCAAGCUAUUUUCCGCGAUGAACAUAGGCUCCUUUGCUUUGAUCUUCUUAGUGACACACUUUGCUGUGCAUGGUCCCCUUCGUGUCCAAGUCCUCGGAUGGAUUUGUGUUUCCAUUUCAGUCAGUGUCUUUGCAGCACCGCUAAGCAUUGUGGCACAAGUUGUUCGGACAAAGAGUGUAGAGUUUAUGCCUUUCAAUUUGUCAUUUACCCUCACUUUGAGUGCCGUAAUGUGGUUUGGUUAUGGUCUCUUUCUCAAGGACAUAUGCAUUGCUCUCCCAAAUGUACUUGGAUUUGUGCUGGGGUUACUUCAAAUGCUGCUCUACCUAAUUUACAGAAAAGGAGAUAAGAAGGGUAAUAGUAUUACAAUGGAAAAGAGUCCAGCAGAACCUCUAAAGACCAUUGUUGUCACUGGAGAAGUGUUUCCAGUGGAGGAAGAUGAACAAGCCAAAAAGAGCCAAGACUGCGUAGUCUAAAUGAUUUUGUUAUUUUGUUUCGUCAACAUAUGAUCAUAUCAUAUCACUAUCCAUUAACGUUGGAGUUGUACUAGCGAUUCUAAAAUUAUGCGUGUACGGGGAGUUAUUGUUUAGGUACAUUAAUUUGUCAUUAUUGACAUGUGACAAUAGUUAUCGUUAACGUUUCCCCUCUCAAUC